AAAUACCCGUACUCUAGUAGUAAAAACCCCCCCCACCCACCAACCUUCCUCUCCCGCGAAGAGAAACGAGCAACCCACCAAUAUAUCAUGAUAAAUCAACUGAUGUAUUAUCAUGUUUUUGAUGAAUCUGCUCUGUAGCGCGCUUUUCAGCACCUUCGUGAUGAGUGUUUUUCCCAAACGACGACGUUUAUCUAUAUCAACCGCUUCAGCCGUUGCUGUUGAAGUAUUGUAUUCUCCUUCUGGGAUCAGAUUGGCGUUAUCUCUUCCUUUUCUUCUCUCGAAGUCACUAUUCUAUGUUUUCUUCUUGGAUGUGCCGCUUUCUCUGCUGUACAUAUUAUACCCUUUGUUUCCCUAUGCUCUGUUUGAUAGGCUAUCUACCCGUUUCAGCUCUUUUUUGUCCUUCCAGGCACUGGAGAAGGAAGCAAUUUGUAGUGGGAAAUCCACGGAUUUUUUCUGUCUUCUUUUCAUGGCCAGCUAUUGCUUUAACAAAAGUCAGUCAGUGAACUGAAGUCUGGCAUGUCAAGGUUAUGGUUUCUGUGGUGCACAGCACAAGCAGUGAAUUAUUACUUUACACACCUGUGGACAUUUUCUUUUUCCAUUUCCUACUUUCGCGUUCCAUGUACAGCACAUGGGCCUCAAAGUGUUCUAUAUCAAAGUUGAUAUAGUAGAUCAGCUCAAAUCAUCACGCAGGUGAAUAUAUAUUAGUAUUCGCGUUGCUGCGGCGAGGAGUGGGAUCACGUCCUGCUGGUGAUGUUUCUGCUUCUCAUGGGAUGGAAGCUAUCUGUUCUAUAGAGUGAUAACUGAGGCGUGUAUAAAGUUGACUACGUGUUGUAUUGAGCGUCGCGAGUUGCUAUAUUCUACAUCCUACUCGCAGCCAUCGCAACAGUAGCUGCAACCCAUUCAAAAUACACAUCCCCGCCGCGACAGAAGCAAUAAUUAGAAUGAUUCAGAUGCUUUCUAAGAAAGCAGAUAGAAGAAGCAAAUAAAAGAAGAGGAAUAAAAAGAAAAAGAAAAAAAAGAAAUGCAAAAAGUUCACACCGGAGUGCCCGCGUUUCAGGGCAGUCCGAUGCUAUGAAAACCCCCCGAUGUAUUUUUUUGGGGGGGGGGUUUUCCACCGUCCGGUCGGUCGUAUGCGUCGGGUAGGGCCAGCGCCUUCCAGCCGGGUCUGGUUUGACCUGACUGGCCCCAGCCGAGUGGUGCAGUGGUGUGGCGGGGAGAGGGGAAGGCGGCUUUCGCGCCCCCAGACUCGGGUCUGGCUUGUCCUGACUAGGCCACCGACCCCUCUCGUUGGAAAAUAGAGCCGUAUUGGGUCUUAUAUCCCCUCCGCGGCUGGUUUCUGCGGGAAUGCCCGCCCAUUUUUGGCGCGUGCUUCCCGCGCCGUGUUGCUGACCCCCUUAUACUGCACUCGUCUGCCAAUUCUAAUCGGGAACGGCGUGCGUUCGAGCCGGGCCUUGUCUCUUUGCUUUCUUGAUCCAAUGUUAUUUAUUUUAUUCUACGGACUGCGCUCUGUUUGCACUCCCUUUCUUCUUUGGUCUUUAGUCAUCUUUUCUUCCAUGCGUUAAUUUUAUGGCUUGUUUGUUUUCACAUCCGCCCCUGAACCACGAGCUCUCACACUCACCUCACUCCCAGCAAUCCAAUCUCCACGAGAAGGGCUUCUUUCUCUGCCUACAGGGCGUCUCGUCAUGUCCCGCUGAAAACGGCGCCUUCUCUCCACGGACCACUGGACAGCGAUCCAUCUGGUUGCCCAGUCACUUUCGUGUCUCCUGUUCUUUGGAAUGUUUGCCGCUGGUAUCCCUACAGCAGAUGCUGGGUGUUCUUGCGUUCUUCAGGCAAGAAUACCUCAACUUGACAUUCUCUGGUCUGGUGAUUUAAUCUUGCUACUUGUAUACUUAAUAUCUUCUUUGAGGCUUGAGAAGCUCUUUAUCAUGAAAUCUUUCACAAUCAUGAUUUCUCCAUUGUAUGCUGCCUGCACAAACAUCCUGCCAACACCAGCAUGUAUGAGUUCAUUGCCGCAUUCUUAUUUCUUCUUCAUUCUCAUUGUGGGCAUGAUUAACCGCAUGGCUGUCAUUUAUAUUUAUCUGAUUUCUUGUAUUGUCUUCUCUUCUCUUUUCUUCUCUUCUUGGACUAUUCUCUUCAGCUGAUUUCUGGCAUAGAUCCGUCCAUACGGCCAAUUUUGAAUAUCAAGACUGCGAUUUCUCAUCGGUCAUUUCAGGAUCUACAAACGGCACCACUGUUACUAGAACCAUCAUGGCAUCCUCCAGUAAGGUAGAAGCUGGUGUUGGGGAUGAAUUUGCACCUUUUACCGAGAAACAUGCUGAGGUCGAAGGAGCAUUGCCUGCUUUCGAACCAAACCUCUCAAAUGUGAAUGAUCUCAAAGUCGAAGAGGGUUUUCUCAAUGACCUUAGCAUCGCUGUUCCUAGCACCGCUGCAACCACGCACAACAACAACAACACCGUGGAAGCGGAAAACGCGGUCCCCGCCAACGACAACGACGAGCAGGAGGAACUGGAGACCAACAACGACAGCGGCGACGACGAAGAAGCCCCCUCCAUCGCCUCAACCACCAACAGCACCACAUCCAGCGCGUCCACAGACAUUUCCCCCUCCACCCAGGUCCAGAUGGCCCUCCUCGCCAGCCACGUGCGCUGCACCCUGAACGAAAUCGUCGCUGCAGAAAACAGCCUCGCUACCGUGGCCGCCCACGAGGUCGCGGAGACCGCGGAGAACCUGGAGCAGACCACUACGCGCAUUCUGGCCUUGUACAUGUCCGUCUGCGACUUGUUUGAGGAAGGCGGGCUGGAGAGGUAUGGCGGGUAUGAGAUGGCUGCUACGAUUCGGGCGACUAUUGCGGAAUAUCCGACUAUUCGAGGGCGGUGUGGGAUUUAAGGGGGUUCGUGUAUGACCAGGGAUUUUACAUGUCCGUUAAGGCAAGGAGGAUGAGCGUGUACAGACAGGGUGGGAGAGAGCUUAUCGCUGAGACUCUAUGUAUUUACGUGAGAUGGAUUUCGAAUGGCUUGGUUUGAACAUUAAGGGAUUUUUUUUUACGUUCAUUGACUUUGUGUACCUACCUUUCUAAAUAAAUUUGGCUAUCUUCUGCCACCGGUUGAGUAAAGUAGUAUGUUCCCUGUGCUCCUUGUUUUCCUCUCUCUAAGGCGAUGGAUGGUAUUUGUAGCUUCAGAUUACAAUGAGAAGUAAAAGUACGUAGUAGUAAGAGGUGCUUUUAAUCUCCCCUGAAUAAUGCUUUAAUGCAAACUCCAUGGCGAUCCAUCG